ACGCACGCAUAAUUCUCUCUCUCCCCUCCCUACCAACUUCGCAUUUACUCUCUUCUAUCAACACAUGCAACUGCUAUUGCAUUCUUCUUUUCUUUUUUUUCUUUCUAUAAUCUUCUUUCAAGAAAAAGAAAGAUUAAAAACUGUUCCUUGAUGGGCACUCCCCCCCUCUCUCUCAGGUGCAUAUUGUAGGCCCACACUCUCUACUACUGCUCUCUAGUCUUUAUGAACCCAAAUCUAUCCCUCAAAUCUUCCUUAGCUUCGCUUCUCCUUCGGUUUCAGUGCUUAAAUUCUCUAUAUAUUGCAUGUCAUUAUAACCCCAUUUCUAUUCAUUCACCUCCAAUCACCCUUGUCUACUUCUUCCUUUUUCCUUCUUAACAAAAUACAAGUACAGUCUGUUGAAAAUGUUGGCCAUGGAAGAGCUUCUUUGUGAGCUCAUAGGAGAAGAUAGAAAUGAGCAAGGUUUGCCUCCUGGCUUUAGAUUUCAUCCAACAGACGAGGAGCUUAUAACAUUCUAUUUAGCGUCCAAGGUGUUAAAUGGUACCUUUUGUGGUGUUGAAAUCGCCGAGGUUGACCUUAACAGAUGUGAGCCUUGGGAGCUUCCAGAUGUGGCAAAGAUGGGGGAAAGGGAGUGGUACUUCUUCAGCUUGAGGGACAGGAAGUACCCAACAGGGCUAAGAACAAAUAGAGCAACCGGAGCUGGCUACUGGAAAGCAACAGGCAAAGAUAGGGAAGUUUACAGUGCAUCAAGCGGUGCAUUGCUUGGCAUGAAAAAGACACUUGUUUUUUACAGAGGCAGAGCUCCUAGAGGUGAGAAGACGAAGUGGGUCAUGCAUGAGUACCGUCUAGAUGGUGAUUUCUCCUACCGCCACACGUGUAAGGAGGAAUGGGUGAUUUGCAGGAUAUUUAACAAAACAGGAGAAAAGAAAAAUGCACUUUUGCAAGGGCAAAGGUUCCUCUUGGAAGCAACUUCACCACCCAAUUCUUGUUCUCUGCCUUCAUUGCUUGAAGCUCCAUCCACAUUAAUGGAAUGUCAAUCUCAGGCAGGAACCGAUGGACUCCAAAACCCUUUUCUGAUUCAGCAUCAAGAAAAUGAUCUAAAAAGCUUGCUACUGAGCCCACUACUCUCCCAAUGUCAUAACACAGUCUCAAUAAAUGGGAUCCAGUUCCAACCCUCAUUUUCACCCACUACGCCCAUCGCAAUCAGCACAAAUACAGAAACAAACAAAAAUAUAGACACAAACACCAACAACAACCCGUCGAUGCUCUUCAAGUCUCUCCUCUCGCAUCAAGAUUGCACACUGAAGGAACAAUCCCCUGUUCUAAAACAGUGCAAGACAGAGGCAAACUUUUCCCAUUUUCAACUACCUGAAGCAAACUUGAACUGGAUGAUGGAUAAGAUUCAUCAUCAUCAUCAACAUCAAAGCCCAUAUCAGUAUCCCUUGUCUUUUGAGAUGGAUUGCAAUAUGUUGGGGAUUACAGCAGCUGCUACAGAUGCAGACAUUACUGCCCAUGAGAUGUCCACUUCAAUUGCUUUCAACAGGGCCGGCUUUCAGAUGAUGUUAGAUGCUCCUAUCAGACACCCUGCAGAAUCUUGGCCUUUAGAUUCUUAAAGAUCUCCUUCAAGUGUUAAAACAACUAGUGCUAUAAUAGUUCAUAUGUAUACGUAUACCAUCUAUAGAAUAUUAACGCAGCAGCUUUAUUUAUUUAUUAAUGUUUAUUUGUAGCAGUAAAAGU